GACCCUGCGCGCGCGAAACCAUUAUUUGCCAACGCGACUACUACGGCCAUUUCCGGCCAACCCUUGGAGCCGAACACGGGUCGUAAACCGAUCUCCUGUCUCUGGCAUUUUUCAGGGGACGGCCUUGACUCCAAGGCAUUUCACAUUGCGCGUCAUGGACUCGCCAGCGCGUAGCGACGGCCGCGACGAGAGCGAUCGAGCUCUGAAACGUCACAAGUCGUCACGAAACCACAGCCGAGAACGCAACAGAUCCAGUGAUAGACGGAGACACAGGCGCUCGAGAUCGCCAGGCUCGCGAAGAGACCGCAGCCGCGACCGAAGACGAGACGACCGACCGCGCGACAGCGACAGAGACAGGGACGACGAGGGUGCCAAGGAGCACCGGCGGCGGCGAUCUCGUGAGAGGCAUCAGGACCACGACAGAGACGGGAACCGAAGUGAGAGGAGAGAUCGCCAUGGGUCAGAUCGCCAUAGGUCGGAUCGCCAUUCCGACAGGGAAAGACCAAGAGACGGUGGCUCCGAGCGAGGCGGCACAGCCAUUGUGAAGCGCAGUGGUCCAUUGCCGUCCCAGGCAGACUCGUUUGCCUUAACCACGGGCGAGGAGGUGCCGAAACCAAAGGAGAAGGCCAACUUUGGCAACAGCGGCGCUCUCGCUGCUGCUUCAAACGCAAUAGCCCAGGCCGAUGGAUCGCAGAUCGUGCUCAAGUACCACGAGCCGCCAGAAGCACGGAAGCCGGCUCCCAAGGACGUCUGGAAGCUCUUCGUCUUCAAAGGAGACGACAUCAUAGACACAGUGCCGCUGAGCCAGAGAAGCUGUUGGCUGGUCGGGCGCGAGUCCGCCGUGGUCGACAUGAUUGCCGAGCACCCGAGUAUCAGCAAGCAGCAUGCUGUCAUUCAGUUUCGGUACUUGGAGAAGCGCAACGAGUUUGGCGACAAGAUCGGAAAGGUCAAGCCCUACCUCAUUGAUCUCGACAGCGCCAAUGGCACGCUUCUGAACUCAAAGAAAGUGCCGGAGAGUCGGUACCUGGAACUCAUGGACAAGGACCUCAUCCAGUUUGGUCAGAGCACGCGCGAGUAUGUCAUCAUGUUGGCACCCAAGGACUGAGGGAACGGCCCCAGAACAAACAUGCCAGGCCGGGCCAGGACUUGUCCUGGUUAGCAUUGACACAGCAUACGGCGUACGUAAUCUGGUCCAGACUGGCACAGAUGAGUAAUAAGGUGCAUACUACCCUGACUUGACACAAGCCACGCCCUACUUGUUCGUUCCAUGUGUGAUACAAAUAGGCAUCCAUUGGGAUUUCGUGCGUUCUGUCUCGGUGACGAAC